UAUAAGUGAUGGAGUUUACAGACGUUGUUGUUGGCGUGACAGUUCUUUUAAAAUAAUUCUGAUUUCUUGCACAAGCAUGUUUUAAAUUGCUUUUGCUUCAGGACUUUGUAGACGGCUUUGUGAUUGGGUUGGUGUGGUGUAGGCGUAUUUAGUUGCAAUCACAUCUACAGCUUUGGAAGUUCUUAGACAUGUCUGUUGGCUUGCAACUCCUUGGAACCACAUUAGGCAUUCUUGGCUGGCUGGGAAUCAUCAUCUCAUGUACGCUUCCUCUAUGGCGUGUUACUGCUUUUAUUGGUACCAACAUUGUGACGGCGCAGAUUAUGUGGGAAGGACUGUGGAUGAGCUGUGUGGUGCAGAGCACCGGCCAAAUGCAGUGUAAAGUGUACGACUCCAUGCUGGCUCUUCCUCAAGACCUACAGGCCUCUCGAGCAAUCCUUAUUAUUGCUUCCCUUGUUGGUUUAAUAGCAAUAUUUGCCAGUUUCGCAGGUGGUAGAUGUACUAAUUGCUUGGCAGACGGUUUCGCAAAGGCUCGGGUUGCCGUAGCAGGAGGGGCGUUUUUUGUCGCUGCGGGGGUCUUGGGUUUGGUGCCGUCGAGUUGGACUGCCCAUCAGAUCAUUGGGGACUUCUACAAUCCUCUAGUGGCCCAUUCUCAGAAGAGGGAGCUGGGAGCAGCUAUCUUUAUCUGUUGGGGGGCGGCGGUUCUCAUGCUGAUUGGCGGAGGACUCCUCUGCAGCUCUUGCCCAAAAGGAAGAGAGUCUCGUGGGGGUCGGUACAUGGCCGCUUCUCAAAAUGGAAGGGAGCGCUUGGAGUAUGUGUGACUGCAGGGUGACUUGACUAUUCCGAGAACUUAUGUGUAGAUAUUUUUAAGUGUUUUAACUUUUUUAAAUGUCUGUUUGUGACGCUUUUAUGUAAACUAGGAAUUUCAACCUGUUGCAGAAUUUCUGCAGAAUUUUUUUGUAAUAAACUACAAUUUUUAUCCAA